GAUAUUCUACGUGCUUCAUGCAUUCAGCAUUAUAGUAUUUGUAUUAUCUGCGAUUGGAGAAUCUACGCUUCAAAGCCUUGAGAACAGAAAUUAUAUAUAAGACUCAGCUUUUAUGCCAGUCAAACUUUCCACAAGAAUAUUAAGCAAACAACAUGAUAUUCUACGUGCUUAAUGCCUUCAGCGUUGCAGUAUUUGCAUUAUCUGUAACUGGAGAAUCUACGCUUCCUGUGACUAUCUGUAAACGCAAUGCAGCUGAUCAUUCCACCUGUUUAAAAAAUGCUAUAAAGGAAGCAUUGCCACGAUUAAUUCCAGGGCUUCCAGAAUUCGAUUUUCCAUCUUUGGAUCCACUACAUUAUGAAUACGGCAAAGCUAUACUUAAUUCAGGCGAUUUACGUGGAGAAAUAAUUAUGUCAAACGUCACUGCUACUGGUAUAGCAAAAGUUCACAUUUUUGAUGUAAGGACGAACCUUAAUGAUGGCGUUUUCCGUUUGGAAAUCGACACACAAAUACCAAAGUUGUUUUUUGACGGUAACAUAAAACUAAAUGGUACUGUAAGUGUAUUCAGAGCUCAGGGUAAAGGUUACUUUAAUGUAACUGGGGCUGAUGUUAGAACAACGUGGGAUAUGAUAGGACCUGUAGUAAAUGAUACUUGGAUUAUAGAACAUUUUUAUGCAACUCCGUUGUUUACAAAGUUUAAAAUGUAUUCCAAUUUUUUGUCAGAUCAAAGCAAAGAAUUUAAUGAUCUUAUCUUGACAUUCAUAAAUGAAUUUUGGCCAGCGAUACAUCGAGCAACGCUACCAAUAGCAACCGGAAUAUGGGACCCAUGGUUGACUAAUUUUCCCAAUAAAUUAUUCUCAAAAGUUCCCUUUUCAAAAAUAUUUCCAGAAAAUUAAUAUACUUAUUAUAUAUAUCAAGAAAGUAUAAAUUUUUGAUGAAAU